AUGGCAAACGUCAAUUACCUUUUACACGAGACCCCAGCUGGUUAUGCCAUCUUUGAGGUGGUUCACCAGGCCGACUCGGUCGGUCUGAGGCUAAAGGAGGUUCAGGACUCUAUGGCGGACCUUGCCAGGUUUGGCAAGAUGGUGAAGCUGGUCAACUGGUCCCCAUGGCCGGAAUUCCACGAGGGUCUGGAGAACAUGAACGAGAUCUCGGAGGGUCUCGUCACCGACUUCCUCAAGAACGCGCUCGAGCUCGCCCUCCCAAAGACCAGCGGCAAGAAGUCCAAGGUCGUCCUUGGUGUAUCUGACAAGAAGCUCGCAGGCGAGAUUAGCUCUCUCUUUCCCGGUGUCGAAUGCGAAACCAUGGACACGUCCGAGGUUGUGGCCGACCUGUUGAGGGGUAUCAGGACACACGCCGAGAAGCUGCUCAAGUCACUGCAUGAGGGCGACAUCCUCAGGGGUAGCUUGGGUCUUGGUCAUGCCUACUCACGCAACAAGGUCAAGUUCAACGUCCACCGCAACGACAAUCACAUCAUUCAGCAGAUCGCUACACUCGACGCCCUCGACAAGGGAAUCAACGCCGGCUGCAUGCGCGUCAGGGAAUGGUACGGCUGGCACUUCCCCGAGCUUAUCAAGAUUGUUUCGGACAACGUCACCUACGCCAGGUUGGUGCUUCUGAUUGGCAACAAGAAGGAGUUGGAUGACAGCAAGCUGCACGACAUUGCUGCUGUGCUCGACGAGGAUGGAGAAAAGGCUCAAGCCAUCAUCGACGCCGCCAAGGUUUCCAUGGGUCAGGACAUCUCAGAACCCGACGUCGAGAUGGUCAAGGCUUUCGCCACCAGCGUCAGCAAGAUGGCUGCUUACCGCAAGGUCCUCGCCGAGUCUCUCGACAGCAAGAUGGGCAUUGUUGCACCCAACCUGCAAUUUAUCCUCGGCACUCCCGUUGCAGCCCGCCUCAUCUCGCACGCUGGUUCGCUCACCAACCUUUCCAAGUACCCGGCCUCGACGCUUCAGAUCCUUGGUGCCGAGAAGGCCCUGUUCCGUGCCCUCAAGACCAAGGGCAACACGCCCAAGUACGGUUUGAUCUACCAGAGCUCCUUCAUCAGCCGCGCCAGCGCCAGGCAAAAGGGUCGCAUCUCGCGUUUCCUCGCAAACAAGUGCAGUAUCGCAUCCAGGAUCGACAACUUUUCCGAGCAGCCCAGCUCUCGCUUUGGAGAAGCCCUCCGCCAGCAGCUGGAGGACCGUCUCGAGUUCUACAACUCGGGCAAGAAGCCGCAGAAGAACAUCGACGCCAUGCAGGAGGCCAUGAAGAGGGUUCUUGAGGACGGUGGCAACAUGGAUGUCGACACUGAGAUGUUGGACCCCAACCACGCCUCGCACGUCUCCGCUUCGGCCGACGCGCCCAAGAAGGACAAGAAGGAAAAGAAAGACAAGAAGGAGAAGAAGGACAAGAAGCGCAAGUCAAUGGACGUGGCCGACGUUAUGGAGAUUGACGGCGGCGAGAAGAAGAAGAAGAAGAAGAGAAAGUCCGAGGUCGCCGCAUAA